GCGACGCGUAGCCGCCAGCACCGGGCGCUCUGGGUUGGCCACACCUGACGUUGGCAAGGGCCGCUUGGUUAGCAUGAUGACUGACGAUGACACCGACACGACUGUCAGCGAAUUUCAGAUCGCGGAGGAGAACGAUCUGCCUGUUAUCCAGCUGUUCAGCCUGGUCGAAGAGCUCAGCUAUGGAAACUCUGCUCUCAAAACGGAGACAGAGAUGUUUCAGAAAUAUUUAAAUAAACUGGAAUCCAGGGAACAGCGAAUGCUGCGGUUAUCUGACAUUAAAAUAUCAGGAACAGAUUUUUCACAGUUGCGAGGCAGGCGCAAGUCCAAAUCCCGCUCAGGCCCGGACCGUACGUCCAGCCUCAGCGUUGACCAAAAAUGCGAUCUCGUGCGAAAGGAGCUGGAAGACACGAAGGAGGAAAUAAGGCACCUGAGGGCCAACGCCGAGCGGGACCUGCAGCAUCACGAGGCUAUCAUUGAGGAAGCUGAAAUCCGGAUGGCUGAAGUUCAGAAAGCAAUGCAAGAGUUUGAAAAAGAUAUUUUGAAAACCAUCGCCAAGAAGAAAGGGAGUAUCCUGGCCACUCAGAAAGUGCUGAAGUACAUUGAGGACGCGAACCGCCGGAGGGAUAAUAUGAAGGAUAAAUUACGUUUGAAAAAUGUUUCUCUCAAAGUCUCGAGGAAAAAGAUGCUUUUGCAACUGAGGCAGAGCCGCCCAUCCUUGGUGGCGCCCCCCCCGUGGUCAGCUCUGCUCAAGACCGGCUGUGCUGUUCUCUUUCAGACCAGGCUACACCGAGCAAUGGAAAUGUCCAGCAAUCUGGAGAAGGAGAUCCUGCUGAGACACGAGCUGCUUGAAAAAAUUGAAAGAGAAAUCCUACAAGUGGAGGAGGACCGGGCCAAAGCCGAGGCUUUGAACAAGCAGCUGCGGAGGCAGAUGGCCGAGUUCCGAGCGCCGCCCGUGAUGACGUACGUCAAGGAGAAGAUCUUCAACGGGGACCUGGAGAAGACCAUCCGCGUCUGGGAGAGGAAAGUGGAGAUCGCGGAGAUGUCCUUAAAAGGCUACCGCAAGGACUGGAAUAAGAUGAAGGCCACCAACGAGAAGUUGCAGCUCAUCAGCCCCCCGGGGAAGUAGCCGGAGGGAGGCCAUGGGCUGCGGACCAAAAAGCAAUCCAUUAAAAUAACCAGCUCCUUUCUAGCCACAGGGCCCCCUCUCUGUUCCCCGGGCCAGUGGGCCUGUGGUGGGCGUGGUCCCAGCCUGGCCCCUGGAAACGCUGACACUGAAAGAACCACAGGGCACUCUCGCGGUUUGACUUGUCAGCCCACCUUUAGUUCACAAGCACAGAUGACGGUGCCGGUGCCGUGGGAGCACGUGGCAGUGACACAGAGGAGGGGGG